AUGUCCGUGAAACUAAAUACCGGCUACGAGUGCCCAUUAGUCGGAUUCGGAACCUAUAAAGUUGUUGGAGAUCAGGUCCAUCGUGUAAUCGACGAAGCUCUGAAAGCUGGCUAUCGAUUGUUCGACACUGCCAAAGUGUACAAUAAUGAAUCGGAGAUUGGUUUGGCGUUAGAAAACCUUCUCCCAAAGCACAAUUUGAAACGAGAAGACAUUUUCAUCACCACGAAACUUCAUCCGAAUACAGAAUACGAAGUCAAGAGAAUGGUUGAAGAAUCGCUGUAUUUGUUGAGAACCAAUUACAUCGAUAUGUAUCUUAUUCAUUAUCCGAAAGGAACAAAUUCCACCGACGAGGAUCCGAAGAAUAAAAUUCAAAGAAUCGCAACGUGGAAUGUACUGAACGAAUGCAAAGAUGCCGGAAAAAUCCGAUCUGUCGGAGUUUCAAGCUACGAAAUUCGUCAUCUGGAGGAGCUGAAUUCGUUCCAGAACUUUCCACCGUGUUGUAAUCAAGUCGAAUAUCAUCCACAUUUUACAAGAGUCGAAUUGAAGAAGUAUUGUGAUGAUAACAACAUUUUCUUCCAGGCAUUCUCCUCUUUGGCAAGACACAACGAAGCUCUUUUGUCUUCCCCGAUUAUUACAGAAAUGUGCCAAAAGUAUAAAGCGACUAGCAGUACGAUUCUUCUUUCGUGGGCUACCAGCCAGGGUGUCGGAGUGAUUCCUAAAUCUAGUGACUCAAAAAGAAUCGCUAAAAACAGGAAGACUAUCCAAUUGGAAAAAGAAGACAUUGCGAAGAUUUCCGAGCUGAAUAUAAAUCAACAUUAUGUUCGUACCACCGGAUGGCUAGUUCUUUAA